UCCUGGCUAGGACAGAGCCACCAUGAACGAGCCAUGGCUUUCCUGUGGAUUCUCUCCUGCCUCGCCUUCGCCGGCGCUGCCUAUGGUUGCGGUACUCCCGCCAUCUCUCCCGUCGUCACCGGUUACGCUCGAAUCGUGAACGGUGAGGAGGCGGUGCCUCAUUCCUGGCCGUGGCAGGCGUCCCUUCAGGAUUAUACCGGUUUCCACUUCUGCGGAGGCUCUCUCAUCAACGAAAACUGGGUUGUGACAGCUGCUCACUGCGGUGUCGGGUUAUCUGACCGUGUGGUUCUUGGAGAACAUGACCGUUCCUCCAGCUCUGAAAGCAUCCAGGUGCUGAAGGUUGGAAAGGUGAUCACUCACCCCAAGUACAGCAGCUACACCAUCAACAACGACAUCCAGCUGAUCAAGCUGGCCACCCCCGCCCAGUUGAACACCAGAGUGUCUCCAGUGUGUCUGGCUGCGACCGGAGACGACUUCCCCGGAGGCCUGAAGUGUGUGACCUCUGGCUGGGGCCUGACCCGCUACAACGCUGCUAACACCCCCGCCCUGCUGCAGCAGGCCGCUCUGCCCCUGCUCACCAACACCAGCUGCCGCAACUACUGGGGCACCAAGAUCACCGACCUGAUGAUCUGCGCCGGAGCCUCCGGAGUCUCCUCCUGCAUGGGCGACUCUGGUGGUCCUCUGGUCUGCGAGAAGGGUGGAGCCUGGACUCUGGUUGGUAUUGUGUCCUGGGGAAGUGGAACCUGCAGCACCAGCAUGCCCGCCGUCUACGCCCGUGUCACCGCUCUGCGCUCUUGGGUGGACCAGACCCUGGCUGCCAAUUAAACCAAACCCCAUCCUCAAUAAAACUCAGAAACUAUGA